AUGCAGCCCCAGCCCGCCGCCGCCUACUUCGGCCAGCCAGAACCAGCAGCCAGCUGGCAGCAACCCCCGAUGGACUACCCCAGCCGGACAUUCACCAAAGCCCAGCAGGACAGCGCCACCGCCAGAGCCAAGCCGAUGCCGCCCCCGCCGAUCCCAGAGCUGGCCAUCGCCGCACAGCAGGACUGGCCCCACCCCUACUCCCAGCUCCCCCAGGCCUUCGCCACCCCGCCCCAGCACCCCUCCGCCCUCCAGGCCUCGCUCAUCCGACAGCUGGCCGAGAGCGAGCGGCAGCAACGAGCGGCACCCUCCCCCCACCAGAGCCAGCAGCCACUCGCCCACUCCCCCCAGCAAGCCCUCCCACUCAGCAGACAGCCCGCCCAGACACCCAUCCCCAGCCAGUCGCCCGCCCGCACCCCCUUUGCCCGCCCGCUCUCUCAAGCCCAGAACCGCCCGCUCGCCGAGCUGCCCAGGCCGUCCUCCCAGGCCGGUCAGCAGGCCCACUCGCCCUUCCCAUCCGGGCCCAGCCAGAACGGAACCCCGCAGACCGCCUUCAAGUCCCUGCCCGUCAGCAACCUCACCCCUGCCCAGCAGGCCGCCCGGCUCCCCGGACAGCACCACCAAGCGCCCACCUCGGACCCCAAGCGAGACGAGCUGAAUCUGGUGGCUGCAGACCAGCGAUCGAUGUACCCCCUCGAAGCCCAGUCCCAUCCGAUCCAGCUGAGCGCAAGCCAGCAGCAAUUCCUGUCACAGCAGCAGCACCAGCUCAGCCAGCUCACGCGCGAGCAGUUCAUCCAGCUGCAGAUCAGCCAUCCCGCCCAGGCCGCAGUGCUCAUGUCCCAGCAUCAGGCCCUCGCCCGAGUCAAGGCUCAGGCAGAAGCCCAGAACCUUUCCGAAGCGAAUACCCGGCUCUUGCUCGAACAUCAGCACAACGACUUCUGGCAACAUAACCAGCGCCUCUUCCUGCCCCCCGGCCAAGCCCCCGAUGACCCAGCCCACCCACAAGCCUUCGCCAACCAAAACCAACAAUCCUUGCACCUCCAACGUCUCCAUAUGGGCCAGAUGCAACAACUCAAAGAGAGUAACGCCCUCCAGCAACAGGCCCUCCAGGCCGCUCAGAACCAGCGCGCCGCCAAGGGCAACCACCUCACAUCCCCCUCCCCUCUCCCCUCCCAGGUCCAGCAACAACACCAACAACACCGAACUGUCUCCCUCCAACAGCAGCAACACUUCCUACGCCAACAGAAUUUCCUCGCCCAACAGCAGGCUCAGCAACUGCCUCAACACCACCAGCAGCUCCCCCAGCAUCCUCAGCAACUGCCUCAACACCAGCCGCAACUACCUCAACAUCAACACCAGCAGCACCAGCUCCACCAACAGGCUCAACAACAAGCCCAGCAACACGCACACCAACAAGCCCAGCAAGCUCACCAACACGCCCAGCAGCACGCCCAGCAACAAGCACACCAGCACGCCCAACAACAAGCCCAACAACAACAUCAACAAGCCCAGCAACAACAAGCGCAGCACAAGCCCAACAACAACUGCAGCAGCAAGCGCAGCAGCAAGCGCAGCUACACCAGCAACAACAGCAGGCACAGCUACAACAACGAAAAACGCAAGCUGGCCGAGCAACAGGAACAGCACCAGUUUGCGAUCCGUCAGCGUCAACAAAAAGAGCCCCCAAACGACACGCACGCAGGCCUGGCGACCAACGAGUCUAAUCUCAACCACUCGGGCUCGCCUAACGGUCGGCCAUAUCUUCCUGGGAACACCACGACGCCCUCGCGACCCAAUGUGGACUCUUCUCACCAGACGCUGAUGCCGGCCCCUGCGGCUCCCCAUCCUCUUCCUUCGGCCGGCACUGUGAAGAAAGAGGGCGAGAAGAACGGGCUCCACGGGCUUCCUGCCUCUGCGGCGGACCAUCUCCCGGUCCCCGCCGGCCACACCCACCACUUGCUUCCCGACCCGUCCCCCGAGCACUGGCCCCAUCCUUCGGCUACCCCUGCUAUCAAUGGCUCGUCCGCUCUUGCCUCCAACUUCGCCGGCCACCCUCCCGCUCUUGCUGGCCACCCUGGAUCCGGCGCCGGCUUGGUGCGGUUGCAGAAGUUCUUCGACUCGUUGACCCAGGUCGUUCUUCAAGACGACCCGAUGGCUUUUCUGCAACAUCUGGUCCAUGAAUUUUUCUUCGAUUCUGCGAUUUUCAAGCUCUCGUUAUGGGACUCGAAUGCAGGGAACAGCAAGCCAUUUGAGAUACCGAUCGGAUCAUUAGCGCGAUUUCUGAAUGAGUUUUUUGAUGCUGGAGCGCGAUCGAUGACGAUGAGUCAUGCGAAGGCGGCGGAGAUGUUACUAUUGAUGCCAGUGGUGCACCCGACGCUCGGGACGCGCCAUGUAGGCUAUGCGGUCGAGAGCGAAGCGAGCGUAUGGGGCGUGGAGUAUAACACGGGAGUGAAGGUCGAACUGAUGGGCAAGCUGAGUGCGAAUAUGUUCAAGAGUGGACCGCCGUCGACGAGUGGAGGCGGCUCAGAUGGAGUUGGAGGAGCGGAGUUGAAGAUGGACGCGCUAGAAUUCAUCUGCUGUUCGCAUGUCGAAUGGAUCAAUCGAAGGGCGGUGACACGGGAGACGAUCGACCGACUGUUAUCGGCCCCGGCCACCAAGGCCGACCCCGCCGACCCAAACGACCCGCUUGCUCCUCCUCCAGCUGCUGCCGCUGCCACGCUUCCCGCCCCCUCCCCUCCGACUCCCGGCCAGGGUAAAACUCCCCUCCCCCCUACGAAGGGAAGACGCCAGUCCGCCGCUACCGCGCGAAAGAAAAGCGUCGCCGCUGCCGCCGCCGCUGCUGCCGCCGCCGCCGCUGCUGAAGAAGCCGAUAAAAUCGCUUACAGGACCGUCAAAUUCGAGGCUCUCGCACUCCCGCUUAGUCCGGUCGGGCCAUUCGGAAUCCCCGAGAAAUCGAUGCGCUGUUUGGAGUUGAUCGAAGGAGUCACUCAAUUAGGUCCCGUGAUGGCCUUUUCGAUCGAAAACAACAUGCCUCCAUUGGCGGCAUUGCAAGAGUUUACGGAGAGGACGGCGAUGGCGAUGGGCGGAUCGAUAGACGGUGGGGGCGGAGCAGGUACCAGUCGCGGCGCGAAAGGGCCCACGACGAACGAGGCCACCAGUCCCUCAACCAGCCACCACCAUGCGCGCAACCGCUCCUCUACGUAUGGCAAUGGAGCAACAGGGGAGCCGGGUGGCGAGGCAGAGCCGGACGAUUCCGGCAAGCAGCCGCAGAACCACCCCCCCGCCACUAGCUCCUCCUCGACCGCCUACUUCCUCGCCGGGAGAAACAACACCGACGCCUUGCCUCCCAUCGUUCCCCCUACAUCAGCCACCACGGCCGCCCCGCCCGCAUCCUCCUCCUCCUCGACCACUCUCGCCCAACAACAACAGAACAACAACAACAACUCCUCAUCUGCCUCCCUACCUGCACCAACAACAACAGACGACCUCGACCCUCCUCCCCCUCCUCCCGCUACUACUACCUCCACCAACAACCCCCAGCCAGACCCUCCCUCGCCACUCCCCUCACACACAUCCCUCCUCGAAAACAUCGGCAGCAACGCCAAGAAAAACGAAGCACCCGGCCCGCCCAUCGUCACCCGGCAUUCCAACCUCUCCGCCCACCUCAAAAGACGAGCCAGCUCGAACGACUCGCUCGACGACCACCCCCACCACCAUCUCCACAAUAACCCCGCCUCUCUUCCCUACCAUUACCAGAACCAUCUCCAUACCUCCUCCUCCCAACAACAGCCUGGCCUCCUCCUCCAAAACUCCGCCCUCUCCCACCAGCUCCCCAUCCAUUCGAAUAACAGCACCAUCAAUAACAGUAACAACCGCCGCUCCAGGUCCCCGUCGCCUCACUCCGCAUCCUCGAACUCGGCGCCCAAUCAUCCGAGGAACGUCCGUGCUAGACUCGGGAGUAAAAGUAACAGCGCUUGA